AUGUCAAGAUUGGAGACAAGUCAACAGAGGCAUACCUUAGAGGAUGAGGCUGCAAACGCUGAAGCUGAGAAGAUUCCUCUCAAGAGAGAGCUAGAAGAUAGACUAGGCAACUCUCAUGUCAAUUUACUCCCCAAAAAGAAACUCAUCAUCACGCUCGUGGUCAAUGCGUUUUGUCUCUUCGUCUGUUUUCUAGAUCAGACAAGCCCCACAGUGGCAUUGCCGGAGAUCGCCAAAGAUUUGGGUGCUGAAAAUUCUAUCAACUGGGCAGGCACCUCGUCGCUUUUGGCCAACUGUGUGUGUCAGGUGCUUUUUGGUAGAUUCGCUGAUAUCUUUGGAAGAAAGAAUAUGCUUUUGGGAUCCCUUAUAAUGCUUCUUGUGUCGAAUAUGCUUUGUGGGUUCGCUCAAACAGGGCCCCAGUAUUAUGUAUUCCGAGCGUUCGCUGGUAUCGGUGUUGGUGGCACACAAUCGAUGAUUAUGGUCAUUUUGAGCGAUGUUGUGACAUUGAAACAGAGAGGGCGUUUCCAAGGAAUCUUGGGAAGCGCAGUGGGGCUCGGUAACGCUGCUGGGCCUUUGAUAAUGGCCGCCUACGUCGAACACUCAACGUGGAGAAAUUUCUACAGAACAAUCCCACCAAUUAUGGCCGUGGUGAUCGUUUUUGUCUUUUUUAUUGUGGAGGACAGAAGGAAACUGGCUGGGCCGGUGCUCUCCACGAGGGAGAAAUGGAAGAAGAUAGACUACGUCGGGAUUUUCUUCUCCACUGCAGGAUUGACGCUCUUGUUGAUCCCCAUCAGUGGAGGUGGAUCCACCUAUGCUUGGGAUAGUGAUUUGGUGAUUGCCAUGUUUGUUGUGGGAGGUGUUUGCACCAUAGUCUUCCUCAUCGCCGAAUGGAAAAUUCCUGAGCUUCCCAUGAUCCCCAUAUACGUGUUCAAGAACUUGUCCUUAAGCUUCUUGCUCUUGUCAACAUUUUUAUAUGGUAUCGUUCACUUCGGGUUCUUGUUUAUUGUUUCAUACUAUUUCCAAUUGGUCAAAGGUCAAGACGCUAUGCAUUCAGCAUACUACCUACUUCCAUUGGUUCUAAUGCAAGCCUUCAUGUCGAUCGCGGCCGGCAACAUAAUCUCAUGGUCCGGUCAUUGGAUUCACAUCUUGAUCAGCGGGUACCUGUUUUGGCUCACAGGAUGUGGUAUGACCCUAGCUUGGAAAGAGAGUACAAGCACGGGUAUGAUUGUUGGCACUUUAAUAGUCAUGGGUGUUGGCAUCGGAUUUAUUUUCCAACCUACGAUGGUAGCAGUGCAAGCAAACGCCACUAUGGCACAACGAGCGGUAGUCAUUGGAACAAGAAACGUCUUGAGAGCUUUUGGAGGUGCCAUGGGCGUUGCGUGUGCCACCUUGAUAAUUUCAAAUUCUCUUCUAAACGAGAUUAACAAGGAAAUGGGUCACCUGGUCGUUCCUCGACUGUUCUUGACAAACUUGAAGUCCAACAUUUACACGAAAGCAGACCUUACAGGUCUCGAUGAUGCUCAAAGAAAUGUGGUAAGACAUAUGUACAUGAAGUCUAUUCGAAACGUUUUCUACUUCACAAUACCUUUGUUGGCGAUCUGUCUCAUCAUCCUGUUAUUUGUGAAGGAUAAAGGGCUUCAAUGCCUUGAUCAACAGCCUGAGAAAAAGAAGGAAAAUGUGUCCAAUGACAAUUCGUUAAGCGAUCGCAGCUUGUACACUGAACAAAUCGGGCAGGCUAAGGAAGGUGUAGACCAGGAGAAGGAGAAAUCAAACGCAUAG